UCUUUCGCUCACUCACACUCGCCCAUGCUUUCGCUCUCUCUCUUCCUACUUGGUCGAGCUCAAAAGAAGGGGACAUGACAGAAUGACAGGAGAUGGAUUUUCAACGAGAUGUGGGGGAAAGGUGAAAUUACCAAUCGUAUUCGUCGCCCCUACGAUAAACCAGAUCCUUCGCGAAACCAGGCGUAAUUGUUGAACACAAUGAAUGAAUAAGAGCGGCGUCUGUUAACGAGGCUUGACUCCUUCAAUAAUUCCCAAUGGAGCAGGAUGUGGAGAGUCCGUCAGUCACUAUCCGAAAGCCAAAGCUACCCAAGCAGGCCCGUGAAGACCUGCCCAAGCAUAUGGUGGACCAGGUGCGGGUAAAGAGGAAGAUCCAGAGGUACGUCCGUAAGGACGGCAAAUGUAAUGUCCACCAUGGCAACGUUCAGGAGACCUAUCGCUACCUGACCGACAUCUUCACCACACUAGUGGACCUGAAGUGGAGGUUCAACCUCUUCAUCUUUGUCUUGGUGUACACAGUGACGUGGCUUUUAUUCGGCUUCGCAUGGUGGCUCAUCGCCUAUGUUCGUGGUGACCUGGAACACAUAGGGGACAGAGACUGGAUUCCUUGUGUAGAUAACCUCAACGGGUUUGUCUCUGCCUUUCUCUUCUCCAUAGAGACGGAGACCACCAUUGGAUACGGCUAUAGGGUUAUAACUGACAAGUGCCCCGAGGGGAUCCUUUUGCUGUUGAUUCAGUCGGUGCUGGGGUCCAUAGUAAAUGCCUUCAUGGUGGGCUGCAUGUUUGUUAAGAUCUCACAGCCUAAGAAACGGGCAGAGACAUUGGUGUUCUCCACCAACGCUGUCAUCUCCAUGAGGGAUGGCCAGCUCUGUCUGAUGUUCAGGGUGGGGGACCUCCGUAAUUCACACAUCGUAGAGGCCUCCAUCAGGGCCAAGUUAAUCAAGUCCAAGCAGACCAAGGAAGGGGAGUUCAUACCCCUCAACCAGACAGACAUGAACGUGGGUUAUGACACAGGGGACGACAGGCUUUUUCUGGUGUCCCCGCUCAUCAUCUGCCAUGAGAUCAACCAGAACAGCCCCUUCUGGGAAAUAUCCAAGGCCCAUCUUGACAAAGAGGACCUAGAGAUCGUGGUUAUUCUGGAGGGCAUGGUGGAGGCUACAGGGAUGACGUGCCAGGCGAGGAGCUCGUACGUGACCAGCGAAAUCAAGUGGGGCUACCGCUUCAUGCCCGUGCUCACUCUGGAGGAUGGCUUUUAUGAGGUUGACUACAACAGCUUCCACGACAUCCACGAGACCAACACACCUAGCUGCAGUGCCAGAGAGCUGGCCGAGAUGAAUUGCCGCUCCCGUCUGCCCCUUACUUGGUCCGUGGCCAGCAAGCUCAGCCAGCAGGGAGUGCUAGAUGUUGAGGAAGAAGGCUGUGAGAAGAAGAGUACUAGCCUGGUUACCCAGGAGGAGGGGCUGGAGGGGCAGACAGAGAGGAACGGUGACAUCGCUACUAUUGAGAGCGAGUCCAAAGUCUAGAGGGGAGAAAGAAAACCUAGGGCCAGGUGGCUGUGUGGGGCAUACUGUGACUCCUCUACUAAUGGCUGGCCGACCACGUGAGCUGGUCCCAGGUCAAAAGUCAGGGACAGGGCAGAAAAGGAGAAACCCCUGCCUAUAAGGACAGUCGAGUCCGAGGAACACUGCAGCAAGGACGGCUUUGGCCGAAUGGGUAAUUUGCCCAUCAGAGAGCUUUGCAAAAUGCCUGGGCAUUGGCUGGUCUGGAAAGUUCUGUGGGCAUUUGCAUGUUUUGAAAACUUUGUGUUUUUUUUCUUGAAGAUAUGCAGUAUCUCACAAAAGUGAGUACACCUCUCACAUUUUUGUAAAC